GGGCAGGCAGUCAAAAGGCUUUCGGGAGGGUGGCCAUCUGUGUGUGCUGGGCUUCUAAAGAACAGUCGGAGUUCAGCGGACAGAGUCAUCACGGACGGAGGGAAAAGCAUACCUAAGUGAAGGACCCGGUGCCUUGGGGCCAUGGCAAGGAACCGAGGUGGCGGUUUAGGAGGGCGGGGGAGAGUGGUCACAUAGGAAUAGUGCGGACUCAAGGAGCCUCGAACGUCAAACCAGGCGAGGGAGGACCCGUGGAGGGGACGUGGUGGCUGAAGACUUGGAGGCAAGGCCCUCUUUGCUAAUGGAGUGGGGUUAGGAGGCCGCAGACAGUGAGAGCACGGGGAGGCACGAGGACCCCGUCAACCAGAGCUCCGGGAACGGAAAGGGGUGACAGAGGAGUUCCGAGGAAUGCACGGGACGUCUGAGAGUGGAGGGGGCAGUGCGGUACUGCGCAUUACCUCAUCCGUUCCCGCCCCCACACUUUCUGCCCCAGUGCACCUCCCGCACUCAUGCCUUCCCUCAGCGCCUUCACGCCGGUUGGCUACCUGCUGUAUGCUGUGGAUUUUAAACCACUUAAGAGUAUAAUGUUGGGGGAGGAGGCUACCCAAGAAAAGUUGAAUCCUUGGAGUAGAGUGAUCUAAAGUGUGCUCCUGUGGUUUCCCUUGGGUCUAGGGGCCUUGAUUCCAGCACCAGCCACUGCUGGUGUCCUGGGCCCAAUACCCCCUUGGGCAAACUGCUGGUGAGGGGCAGGGCUGGGCUUUGGGUCAUGGUACAGACCAUAGGCCUUGACAGCUCAGAUGGCCAGAGAGAAGGUGAGGGGACAGAAUAGGGUCUGGGAAUUGAGAGGACCAGUGAGUCUCAGGGCACCUGCCAGAGGCAUUUUUCUGGGACCACGCAUCUGGGGCAGGUCCUGUGCCUGCUAAAACCCUCAGACACUAUAGCCAGGCCUGAGCAGGGGGUUCUGGCCCCUCAGGCGUCCCCAGCCUGAGCCUCCACUCACUUUCCUAGAGUGCCUCUCCUCCAUUCAGGCCAACCCCCACCUGCCUGGGGAAUAUCUCCUUCUAUCUAGACUAAUCCUCAGGGUCCUGUGGCUGCCUGGGAAGCCUUCCUGCAUACUCACACGACACACCUGUGCUCUCACUCCUGUCCAGGGUGAAACCAGGUGGUCCUCGCAUGCUCCCCUGGGCAGGAACUAUGACCCAUAAAGCUGUAUCCUCAAGGCCUGGCCCCAAGAGAUGUCCAGUAAACCCCUCCAGCUAAGAGACCUCUUCCUCCACACACACAAACACCCAGGAGCACUGCCCAAGUGCCCCAGAACAAGGGGCAUCCUCCUGGGUAGCAACCUUCAGAGCUUUGGACUCAGUGGACCAAGAGAGAAGGGAGGCAACUCUGCCUCCAAAAAGUCCUGUGGGGCCAAGGAGGUCCAGCUCACCUAGAGCCAGUGAGGUGCACAAUGAAUAACGAGAGCUGGUCAGCUCCCACUGUUAACAGGCACCAGGGAGGGGAGGAAAGUGGCCUCCAACGCCUUUGGAAUCCACUGGGGCCCUGCAGCAGCCCCUGGGAGAAUUCCUUGAAUUAACUGUGUCCCUAUUUUGUUCCUGAAGUUUCCUCCAGGAAGCCCUCUGACCACCAUCUAGGUCCGGAAGCUGCUCAGCCUUGAACUCUGGGCAGGCCCCACCCAUUCUUGGCAGGUCAACUUUGGGUAAAUCAACUCCCUCAGCUAUUAAAUGGGAGCCUGAAGCCCAGCCCAGACAGGAUAAAAUAACCAUAGGUCACAGGCCCCUUCCAAAGGCUUUUCCUUCCAGCUUGUAGGGGGUGCUGAAGGCAGCCCAGGGGUGAGGAAUGAGGCCUGGGUGGCCGCCUGCAGCCCCCACUGGAAUCCUCCCUGCCCCUCCCUUCCAGAUUAACUGAAACCUGCUAAUUGUGGCAGUCCUCUGCACGCUCCCCUCCCCCACCGCCGAUUCCUCCCUCCCUUUGCCUCCCCUCCCCUCCCCCUUCCAUCCGAAUGAUAAAGGGUCUGGCCCGCCAGGCCCGCCGGCCUCAGGCCCCCAGCCUUGCCUCAGCGCACUGCCCCAUUGCCUUGCCUCCACGGGGCCAGACCCCUGCCCACGGUGCGUGCCUCCCCCUGCAUGGGACCCUGCAGCAACCCACACCUGGGGCUUCCUGGGUCGGAGUCGUCCUCCCAGCCCCCCAAGAGAAGGAAGAAGAGAUACCUGCGCCAUGACAAGCCCCCCUACACCUACUUGGCCAUGAUUGCCUUGGUGAUCCAGGCCGCACCCUCCCGCAGGCUGAAGCUGGCCCAGAUCAUCCGUCAGGUCCAGGCCGCGUUCCCCUUCUUCAAGGAAGACUACGAGGGCUGGAAGGAUUCCAUCCGCCACAACCUCUCCUCCAACCGAUGCUUCCGCAAGGUGCCUAAAGAUCCAGCGAAGCCCCAGGCCAAGGGCAACUUCUGGGCAGUCGACGUGAGCCUGAUCCCGGCCGAGGCGCUGCGGCUGCAGAACACGGCCCUGUGCCGGCGCUGGCAGAGCGGGGGCGAGCGGGGAGCCUUCGCCAAGGACCUGGGCCCCUACGUGUUGCAUGGCUGGCCCUACCGGCCGCCCAGUCCCCAGCCGCCGCCCAGUGAGGGCUUCAGCAUAAAGUCUUUGUUAGGGGACCCCAGGGAGGGGGCACCACGAAGCAGCCCAGGUCCAGCAGGCUCUGGGCACAGUGGGGAGAAGGUGAUGCCCACUCCACCCUUGCCCUCCGAGAGGCCUCUGUGGCCCCUCUGCCCCCUUCCCGGGCCCAGGAGAGCAGAUGCGGAGACUUCCCAGGGCGGAACCAGCAGGCCCUCGCCCCUCUCCCCUGAGCACAGAGCCUGGCCCCUCCACUUACUGCAGGGUUCUCCAGAUCCCGGAGGACUGUCCGGUGGGAGUCACAGGGCCUCACUUUGGGGGCAGCUGCCCACCUCUUACUUGCCUAUCUACACUCCCAAUGUGGUAAUGCCCUUAGCUCCACUACCACCCACAUCCUGUCCCCAGUGCCCACCUUCAACCAGCUCAGCCUACUGGGGGGUGGCCCCUGAAACUCAUGGCCCCCCAGGGCUGCUCUGGGAUCUAGAUGCCCUCUUCCAGGGGGUGCCACCCAACAAGAGCAUCUAUGAUGUGUGGGUUAGCCACUCCCGAGAUCCAGCUGCCUCCACCCCAGGCUGGCUACUCUCCUGGUACAGCCUGUGAGGCUCCCAGGGCAGGGGCGCUUUCCUCUCCUAUCCCUUCCUGCCACCACUGGCUUGUUAGGGAACGAAGGCCAAGAGGUCCCAGAGGUGUCUGUGGCCACGGCAGCCUUGAAACACCAGGCACCAGCGGUGCUGAGA